CGCGUCUGCGCGGCGCGCGCCCGGCUGCCCGGCCCGGAGACCCGAGCUCCCUCCCGCCUCCUGCGGGGCCGCCUCAGCCGGCGGGUUUCCACGGGGAGCCAGCGACCUUGCCAGGCGGGGGGAUCCGUGCAGCCGUGGCGAGGUGAUUUACUUAGCAUAAAUACCUUCUUUGAAGGAUGGCAGAAGUGGUUUUGAUUGAUCUCUUUGGCUUGAAGUUGAACUCUGAAAAGAACUGCCAUCAGGCAUUACUGAAGACAUUGAAUGCUGUCCAAUACCACCAUGCUACCAAGGCCAAGUUCCUUUGUAUAAUGUGUUGCAGUAACAUCGGCUGUGAAAGGGAUGGUGAACAUGAUAAUUGUGAAUUAGAAACAAGCAAUGGAUUAUCAGUUGUCUUGGGAGAGUUUGAGACUGUUAGCAAUCCCAGCAUGGCUGCCUCUUUGUAUACCAUUAAACAAAAAAUAGAUGAAAAAAAUCUGAGCAGCAUUAAGGUAAUUGUACCUAGGCACAGGAAGACAUUAAUGAAAGCUUUUAUUGAUCAGCUCUUCACUGAUGUUUAUAAUUUUGAAUUUGAAGAUUUACAAAUGACUUUGAGGGAAGACCUUUCGAAACAAUCCACUGAAAUAAACAUAAUCACAACUCAAGAACUGAAAGAAAUCCAGAAUGAAAUAGAAACGUAUUUGAGAAGUCUGCCAGCACUGAAAGGAGAAUUAACUAUUAUCACUUCUCCUUUGAUCCCAGAUAUUUUCAUACAUGGAUUUACUACAAGAACAGGUGGGAUAUCUUAUAUACCAACUCUUAGCUCAUUCAAUCUCUUCAGUAGCUCCAAACGGAGAGAUCCCAAGGCAGUUGUUCAAGAAAAUCUGCGUAGGUUGGCAAAUGCUGCAGGAUUUAAUAUGGAGAAAUUUUACCGAAUAAAGACUGAUCAUGCCAAUGACGUCUGGAUUAUGGGAAGGAAGGAGCCUGAAUCUUAUGAUGGAAUAACCACAAAUCAGAGAGGAGUCACAAUAGCAGCUCUUGGUGCUGACUGUAUACCGAUAGUUUUUGCAGAUCCUGUCAAAAAAGCAUGUGGAGUUGCUCACUCUGGUUGGAAAGGUACUUUGUUAGGUGUUGCCAUGGCUACAGUGAAUGCUAUGAUAGCAGAAUAUGGCUGUAGUUUGGAGGACAUUGUUGUUGUACUUGGGCCAUCAGUAGGACCUUGCUGUUUUACUCUUCCAAAGGAAUCAGCAAAGGUAUUUCAUAAUCUUCAUCCUGCGUGUGUACGACUGUUUGACUCUCCAGAUCCCUAUGUUGACAUCCGUAAAGCCACCAGGAUUCUUCUAGAACGGGGAGGAAUUCUUCCACAGAAUAUUCAGGACCAGAACCAAGAUCUCAACCUCUGUACAUCCUGCCAUCCUGACAAGUUUUUCUCUCAUGUCCGAGAUGGCCUUAAUUUUGGUACACAGAUUGGCUUCAUAUCGAUUAGAGAAUGAGAUACUUGACUGGAUUCUUGCAUAAAUAUUCCCCGCUUCCUUUCAAAUUGACUACAAGAGAUAAAUUUAGCUGUUUGAUUUAUUUAAAACUAAGAGGAUUACAAUGGAUAAUUUAUCUGUAGGUUAUAUUUUUACUAUUAUGCAAAGCCAAAUGAUUUUCACUUAAUUCUAACAAUAACUGACAAAAAAUCAGUAUGAUAUAGUUUUACAGUAAAUGUUUUAUAGAUGAAGAUUAUUCUUAAGAUUUGUCCUCCCUAUUUGUUACAUAAUCAAGAAUAGGUUUGUUCAGUUCAGUAUUUAUUGAGCAUCCUCUAUUUGUCAGGCUGUGUUAAGCACAGGUGAAUCAAAAUGAAUGACUUUUUCCCUUUGAGUCUGAUGUAGGAGAGGAGAUAAACACUUCUACAAUUUUAAUAGCAGUAGAAGAGUACAGAAGCAGUAGGGAUUAAUUUUGCCCAGAAGGCAGGAUAGAGAAGUUAUUACAGAGAAAAUCCUAUAUCACAUGGGCCCAAAAGAUGUAUAGACUUUUGACAAAUGAGGAACAACCAUAACAGGUAGAGGGAAUAUCGUGAACCAGGGCAUGAAACUGAAAGUGCAUAACAUGUUAUAGAGGGAGAAGGGUGUAGGCAGGUGUUAGGACCCGAAAAACAGUUUGUAAACAGAUUAGUAAGGGUCUUAAAUGCCAUGUCAAAGAGUUUGGAGUUUAUUUUGCAGGCAAUGAAUAGGCAUCAAAAAAAAAAAAAGUAGGAGAGUGUGUUCAUUUCCUUGGCAUCGUAUUUAACUAGAUAGAUUCAAAUUGUGUGAGACCAAAGCAGAAAGACUAGAUAAGAGGUGGUCAAAAUAUUUCAAAAAAGAAAUAAUGAAAAUCCAGUGAACGCAGUGGAAAUUAAAAUGGAGAAGAAAGUAAAUGGAUUAAAGAGACAUUUCAGAGAUAGAAUCAGUAAUCCCAUUACUAGAUAAUGGAAGUAAAAGGUAAGGAAGAAUGGAGAAGUCAGUGAUGACUGCAAGAUUUGUCUGCUUGGUUAACUACCAAGAGUGGCAAUAAAGGGAAGGAGGCAGUUUGGGACAAGGGAGAAGGAUAUUGAGUUCCACUUGACACAGAAUGAAGUGCAUUAAAUAUUUGGUCAACAGUUAGAAAUACAGACCUAGAACUUGGGAGGGAGCCUGAGACAAAGUCACACAUUUGGAAGUUGGCUAUGCAGAGAUAAUGCUUGAUUCUAUUGGAGCAAGUUGGAUAAUCUACGCAGAAAUUAGGGUGAGAGAAAAGGAGGUCCAAGGAUGAAACCUCAUAUAGCACCUACAUUUGAAGAAUAAGAAGCUAAACAAGUAAGUCAACUGAAGUAAGAAAAAAAAUAGGGUAUAGUUGUUUAGUGGAAGUCAGUGUAGGUGUGGGAAGUACUCAAAAGGAAAUCUUCAGGGUUAAAAUAAAGUGAGAACUGAGAAGAAAGCAAUGGUUUAACUGUAUUAAAGCUAUUCUGUAGGCAGUGGUGGCAGAGUCAGAUUUCAGUGCAUCGAGGAAGAGGGUGUGUAAAAUGUCGACUCUUCUUCAACAGUAUUUACUAGAGAAGAGAAAAACCUGGGGAUUGUAUCUUGAAGGAAGCAAGUUUGUUUUGUGGAUGAAUGGUUUUGGGUAUGUUUGUAAGCUAAAAAGAGUUAAGCUACUUUUCAUUUAGGAAAAAUGGUAUAUUUGUUAAUGUAAAUUGUUACAUUGCAUCUUAAAAAUUUAUUUCAUACAUGUAUUUCCUAUAUGUAUAUGCAGUAAAAUAACAGCAAAUAACAUUUUUUGGUAUUUACAAAGGACUUUCAUGUACCUCACCUCACUUUACCUUUAUGUAACCACUCUGAAAUAAAUAAGUCAAAUGUUACCCCUGAGCCUCACUGUGGUGGAAGUCAAAGUCACAUAACUUGUGAUGAAGUAAGAUUUGAACAUACACAUAUUAUGACUCCAGAUCUGCUUUCAGAUUUUACAGUUAGUAAAAACUAUCUAAAUUAUAUUUUUAUUUUAAUUUUUUUGUUAACAUCGUUUAUUCAUAUAUUCAGUCCGAAUUUUGUUGAGGUACUGGGAUAAGUUAAAAAAUACAUAGUUGUAGCCUUCAAGAUGUUUAAUAUCCAGUGAAAAGUGACAGUCAAUAAACCAGCAAUCUCAGUACUCUGUGUUGUGAGGUUGCCACAAUCUUUUA